GAAACGGAGGGCACGACCCUUUCAAGCUUUCAAAACAAAGUAUACAAGUUGUGUCAACAUCUUCACGGAUUCGAAGAUAAGUUGUCUGUGGUGUUGGAGUGGAUGUUGCCUACCAUCAACACGUGAUGGGAUUUUAUGUCACUGCGGCAUCAGUGGUGAUUUUUUUCAUGGAAAUCACGUGGGCGGUAUCGUUAUUCAUCCAAGUUUGCAUCAGAAAUGACGAUUCUCUCUGCUGGGGCUGCUGGUCCGGAGUUCUUGCGAUAACCGGGGGAUGGCGGAGAGCCAUUUUCUAUCUACCCUUAGCCUGCAUUUUGGCAUGGAAACCGCACAGGCUAUGGUUAUCAUUUGUUGCUGCUGCUUUGCUAGCUGUACUCUCGUUACUCCACAUACUAUCCAGCGCCUUAUCGCGUCGUGGAAGUCAGCUCAGCGGGGGUGCAGAUUGCGUGGGGGAAAGCCUGCUCAAUACGCGGCCAGAAAGCUACGAUCGGUUCGAAGAUGUCUUGAAGGUGACGGAGGUGCUGGACGACGGAGUUCCCGGUUCGACCAAUCGGAUGGUCGAGAGUGACGGGGAGAUGUGACAGGAGCGGCAGCCCUCCUGGGCCAGCGAAUCAGACGAGGACAGCGAACCCGAGCAAAGGACGUGUCAGAUAGCCACAGUUUCAUAGUCCGGUACUCGGUCUCGACGACGAGGAGGCUCGAGCCUUUGAAGGAAGCGGAGCUGAGACGUCGAGUCGGCUCGAGUCGAAUGGAGUACCAAGACGUGAUAAUUCGCCUCGAGGCAUGUAUGUUUGUAUAUUAUGUGCGUUGAGAGGGGUGCUCGUAAGGGUUGCGAGAAAGGCGCGCCGACUCCGAUGCAUGAUGAAUUUCUAUGGAAAAAAAAUGGGCCAAAGGGUUUGUUUCUAUGACUCGCGAGGCUUCGGCGAUGUUUCUCACAUUUCCCGAUGUCGGCGGAGAAUUUUUUAGUCACAAAUACUAUAAGAA